AUGCCAAUGAUUCCAAGAGUGACAUCAAAGGGCGCGUUGGCCCGUUGCCUUGGCGACCGCCGGAGCGGCCAGCACAUUCAGGGCGCGGGCGACGCGCGGUCUGUGCCGGCCGCCCACCUCCCGAGAUGCGCUCACGUGGGAUACGACGGGACCAAACAAUGUCCGGAACAAGGCGAGGCCCUGGUGCCCCCAGCGCAGCCGCACGUGGCUCGUUUGCACAUCGGGGCGUAUUUAGAACUGAGCGAGUCGUGUCACGGGCACAUAAUGCCCGAAUCCGUUGGAAACAAAUUACGGAAUCCUCCCGCCAAUUCCCCGAAGCGCGGCCGCCGCGACGAGUUCGGAACUCCACAAACAGAAGUCGAAUUAAGUUUUAUGUUG